AUGAAAAACUGCGACAAUUAAAUUGGUGCAAUUGGUGCAUCAGGCUUAGGUUCUGCUUUAGCAAAUUGCAUUAAUCUGAAGAAUUUGACAGUUGACCUUAGUUGGAAUUAAAUUGGUGAUGAAGGUGCAUCAGGCUUAGGUUCUGCUUUAGCAAAUUGCAUUAAUCUCUCAAAUUUGACACUUGACCUUCAUAAAAAUUAAAUUGCUGAUGAAGGUGCAUCAGGCUUAGGUUCUGCUUUAGCAAAUUGCAUUAAUCUCUCGAAUUUGACACUUAAACUUGUUGACAAUUAAAUUGGUGAUGAAGGUGCAUCAGGCUUAGGUUCUGCUUUAGCAAAUUGCAUUAAUCUCUCAAAUUUGACACUUGAUCUUGGGGAAAAUUAAAUUGGUGAUGAAGGUGCAUCAGGCUUAGGUUCUGCUUUAGCAAAUUGCAUUAAUCUCUCAAAUUUGACACUUGACCUUCAGUAAAAACAGUUUAUUUGA